AUGGUGGACUACUACGAGGUGCUGGGAGUGCCGCGGCAGGCCUCAGCUGAGACCAUCCGCAAGGCGUACCGCAAGCUGGCGCUCAAAUGGCACCCAGACAAGAACCCCGAGCACAAGGAGGAGGCCGAGAGGCGGUUCAAGCAGGUGGCGCAGGCCUACGAGGUCCUAUCGGACGCCCGCAAGCGCGAAGUCUACGACCGCUGCGGCGAGGUGGGCGAGGUGGGCGGCGGCGGCGCGGCCGGCAGCCCGUUCCAGGACGCCUUCCAGUAUGUCUUCUCCUUCCGAGACCCCGCUGAGGUCUUCAGGGAGUUCUUCGGGGGCCGCGACCCCUUCUCGUUCGACUUCUUCGGAGACCCGUUUGAUAACUUCUUUGGGGAUCGGAGGAGCUGCCGAGGAAGCAGAAGCCGAGGGGCCGUACCCUUCUCGACCUCCUUCACCGACUUUCCAACUUUUGGGGGUGGUUUUGCUUCGUUAGAUACCGGAUUCACAUCCUUCGGUUCUCCGGGAAACUCAGGCCUUUCGUCUUUCUCCAUGUCCUGUGGCGGUGGGGCGGCAGGCAACUUCAAGUCGGUGUCAACCACCACCGAAAUAGUUAAUGGCAAAAAAAUCACCACCAAGAGAAUCGUUGAGAAUGGUCAAGAAAGGGUGGAAGUGGAAGAAGAUGGAGAGUUAAAGUCCCUGAUAAUUAAUGGCAAAGAGCAGUUGCUUCGCAUCAAUACUCAGUAA